UCAAGUAGUACUAGUUUUGAAAUAUCCGGCAUGGUUGCUUUCAUCAUGGUUGCAUAAACUUCAGCCAAGCCCUGUUCCAUGCGUUGCUAUGAAGAAUUGCACGUGUUUGUUUUAAAAUCUGAGGUAUCAUUUAAUCGUUAAAAUUUACUAGACGUAGGUAUUCUUUUGCCUUUAAAGAACUGCCGUGAGAAAUGGCAAGUAACGACGACGACAACGACGAUUUCGUCACGUGUGGCGUUUGUUUGUGGGAGUAUGACGAGGAAAUUAGGAAACCAAAAUUCUUGCCAUGUUCUCAUACUGUAUGUCUUCUUUGUCUUCAGGGGAUAGUGCAAGGUACCACUAUUAAGUCCAUUACAUGCCCCUUUUGCCGUAAUGUUGCUUCCAAAGAUAUCUCCGACUGUUCAAAGUGGAUACUGCCGAACAAUACCUAUGCACUUCAAAUGCUUAAACUUAACAAGCGAUCAGCUGUUCCAGAUCCAAUUGAUCUCAUGUAUCCCCAGAUGAAAAACAAAAAUCUUGAUGCUCUUUUAAAAUUAAAAGAAGAGUUACUGGAAAUCAGGGACACUGGAAUAAGCAAGUUAGCGCUGGCCAUUCAGACACGUAUAAAAGUUCAAAAAGAAAUGGACCUCAUUAUUGAAGCCAUCAAUGUUGCAGGAGAAGAAGCCAAAAAAUGUCAAGAGGAUAAUGAUCUGAGUCUGGCGGAAAUGGUCUCAGUCUUGGAAGAAUAUGAAUCAUCAGAUACUGAUCAAGAAACAGAAGCACAAAAUGGUCUAAAAAGGGACAUGGUUUUGUCAGAGUUGAUGUCACUAGUAGAAGGUUCUACAUCCAGCGAUUCCGUCGACACACUGAAAAAGAAGAUGACGGAAUCGUUUGAGGUGUACAAACAAAAACUUGACGAAGCAACUGCGGUAGCUUCAGAGUACGAACGCAGACGGAAAACGAAGAUUCAAGUUCUUUUGUACGAUGAAAACGAUCGCCCUACAUCGACGCACCCCAUUUUAAAGAGCGGGUUUCGUUUCCAACCCAUCAGCCCUUCAUUGAAUGGUCCUUUAUGCCAACAAGAUUCAAAGUUGCUGUCUCAUGCCGUUUUCUGGUUUUUGGAGCGGCAGAAGAACUCAAUGGAAGAAGACCUUCCAUCAGCAGUGUGUGAUUCCAAAUCUUCGUCCGUCGUUACUUGUCCCUCUGCCACUGUUGUCAGUACUGUGCAAGCAUUGCCGACAUCUUUGCCUCCUGAAAUGCCAUCAAAGAGCAAGAGAUUCGUCAUGGGCCAUUCGUCCAUCUUUAUCCUGAAAUUAUACAAGUCGGGUACUUUCCAAGGCGAAAUCCAUGUCCGCCCUUUGCCUGCGUUUCAUCCCGAGUUUGUGCAGCAAUUGGGAGAAUUUUGCUUCGAAUCGCCAAAGAAUUUUGGAAGUUAUAUUGACAAAGCGAUUCCUGGAGUAUUUAUAUCGUUCUCAUUGACGACGGAUUACCACCCGGGUUUCCAUCCUGUGGCUCCCAGUAUGUUUGAUUCCAAUUCGAAGAAGACGGGAAUAGCAGAUUCGAACACUACCAUUGGAGUCGCAAUGGUUGAAUCUGAGCUUGGAUACAAAAUCGUUACUGGCUGGAACUUUAUUAUUCCGCUGAAAGACUGGCACAAUCCCAAAUGUGCAGUGGCUCCUGCGGUGACAAACAACGAGCUCUUUGGCCACAUCGUUCGAUGCACUACCAAAGGAUCCGUAACUAUCAUGAGCCAGUCUAGCAAGUCUGAACGGGGCAGCUAUUCGUUGACCAUAGAAUCCGCUAACAAAUCUCCCGACAAGUAGAGUUCGUGAUCUGAAUUGUGCAUCGAAAAGAAGUUUUAAUUUAUGUUUUUUUUUGGGUACUUUUGUUUUUGUUUUCAUAGAGAGAAUGAACUCUUUAUGACUCAAAUAUAGCCUGAUAAUCAGUACUUGAAGACAAAUAAACUAAGAAAAAUGGUGACAAAUUCAGAAUUAUGCAAACUCCGAAUUGACUUAAAUACUUAAACUUAUACCUUGCUUGAUUGGCUAGAGGGAUAAUAUGUACUCGUUUCAGGUUUUAUCUGUUUAAAAAAAUAGAUAGAGGUCGAAAUGGCAAUAGUUUUAUUUAUUUUUUUUAUGAUUAUGGAAUCCGUAUUUCUUUAAUUCUGGAAGUGGGAAGUGUGAUGGUGAAAAUUCGCGAUUGGGGCCGGAAAUUACAUCAAUUAAAAUUACAAAUUAAUUGCAAAUAAAAAUAACUUUACGAAAUUAUGGCAAUGUCGCUUUGGUUGAAACUAUAGUCUGCUGGCGGCAAUCGUGAUCGUGGUCCCUUCCCUUGAGUCUUGACUGGAGACGUAUGUUAGAACGGACGUGAAUGUCUUUUAUUGGCCCUGUAACAAUUAAUUCAGGUUUCAAGUUUCAACAGAGAAAUAAACAGCGUAAUGGCGACGGUAAAUAUUGGGUCGGUCGAUGAAGAAUUUUUGACAUGUGGUGUCUGUAUGAACGAAUACGACGAACUCCUCAAAAUACCGAAAUGUCUCCCUUGCUCGCACACCAUUUGCCUUACGUGCUUGGAGGGAAUACUAAAUCAAGAUCGAUAUCCAAUGUUUAUUCUUAAAUGCCCCUUCUGUCGAAAUGUUUCUCAACAUAAUGGUUUAACUGAGGAUUUAAAAAGAGCAGAUUUAAUAAGGAGGUUGCUGCCUAACAAUAUUUACACUCUUCAAAUAAUUAAACUAAACAAAAAAAUUGCUUCAUCCACUAAACUAGAAAAAAGUUGGUGCUUCAGUUGUGGAUCAGAAACAAUUGAUAGCUGCAGUAGCUUAAAUCAUCAUACUGUUGAUCUAACUGUUGGCACCAUCAGGAAUUUGGAAAAUUUUGCUAAAGUGAAAAAAGAAGCAGGAAUAAAGAAAGAAAUUGAUAACCUGAAAACAGCUAUAGCCAAAGAAAAACAUACUAGGAAGAAUUUGGAGUUGCUGACUGUAUCGAUGGAGGCUGCUCAGGAAGAAAUCAAACAACUUCAACAAGAAAACAUUCUGCGCUUGACUCACAUGUCAUCCAAAUUGGCAGCUUUGAAGGCUACACAGUCUACUGAAGAAGUGGUGUCUCGUGAUAAACCGCCUGCACAUUUUUUCUCAUCUGAAGUAUGGUCUCUAUUGAAGAAUAACGACAGCACGAUGGUGGAUGCAGGCAAAGAGAAAUUGAACGAACAAGUUGAUGCAUAUUACAUUAACAAAGAAAGUCUAAAGGUCACUUCCGAGUUGUUUCAUCUUCUUUCCGGUGUCGCUUCAAAUGAUCACGAAGAUUCAAACUAGACUUCCAGCGAUUAAAUCCGUCCGCAAUACCCACGAAAGGAAAACUAAACAAUCAAUUCUAAUAUUAAUUUAAAAAUGUUCGAUAUAGGUUUAAAAUUUGUAAUCAUAUCGCUUCUGCCUCCAAUCGCCAAGUUAUUUAAUGUAGAUGUAUCGCAAAUAAAGUUAAGAGCUAACGUCACA